CGCUGUGCACGGCAACCUCACGCACUGAUUUAUCGGGAGAGAAGGAAACAGUAGACAACGGAGAGGAGGACACGAAGCUCACAGAAAGGAAUCGAAACUGUCCUGGCGGAACUGGGUUAUCUAAAUCCGGAUUUUCAAACGUAAUACUUAGAGGAACUGGAUUCAUAGUUGCCCAGCUCGUAAAAUUAAUUGGAAUUAAUUAUUUCUGCCGGGUAUAAACGCGUUUAAAGCAAGGAGUUUAAAGUUCCCCGGUCUCCUGAAGUCCACUACCCUUCUGUAACCGCUAGGCUGGUGGUGACGCGGCUCAACCGAGAAAUCCAUAACAUACAACGGAGAACCAAGCAAGAGGAAAUACUGUUCGGGGAUCAAGUUUUUUCUACCAUUGUCAUUGAAAAUGUGUCUUUGACCGCGAACGGUGGAUUACUGGCCCAUUUCGGUGGUAGUCUAACAAGAAUAUUUAACUUUUUGACGCUUGGUAGCUAGUAGUAGUAGCAGGCUAAACAUCCCCAUAGCUAACGUUAACGAAUUAGCUAGCGGCUGGCUAUCGUUACAUCAGUUAGCUAGGUAGCAAUCUACACUUUGCCUUUUUAUCUGUGGAAUAUUUUAUCACAUACAUAGCUAGUAAGUUUGCAAACAACCUCUUUAAUUUUGGCAGUAUGCGUGGUUGUGUUUCUUGCGGAAAACGAGCUAACUGGUGUUUUCAUAAAACGUUGUAACGUUAGCUAGCUUAAUGUUUUUAUCCUUAGGAAUAUCUGGAGAACUAGCUAGCUAGCUGGACAGCUAGCGAAUGUUAGUUAGCAUUAGCCAGAACUCUCGGGAUAUCCUCCGCUGUGCGUUGAUGGUGCGGCCUUUGGAUUUUUUCUUCAUUCUGGACCAUUUUUUGUGUUGUAUUUGAUCUAUUUUUGUGGAUUAUAUAUUUUUGGAUGGCCUGGAGAACACAUGACUGCACUUUAAACAUUUUGUACCGUCGCAUUUCGCUUGCUUGCUUGCAGGCUCUAACCACAAACCUAGUUAACUAGCUAGCUAGCUAAAUAGUUUGCUGGCUAACGACACAGAAGGAAAAGGACUUCACAUAGGCAAAUAACAUAUUUCCUCUCACCCUACAAGAUGAUGUGCGAGGUGAUGCCCACGAUUAGCGAGGCGGAGAUCCCGCCGGGCGGCGCCGGAGGGCGGGGCUCGACGUCGCCGCUGCAGUCGGACUCGGACGGGCACUUUGAGUCGCUGAUGGUGUCCAUGCUGGAGGAGCGGGACCGGCUGCUGGACACGCUGCGGGAGACCCAGGAGAACCUGGGCCUGACCCAGGGCAAGCUGCACGAGGUCAGCCACGAGAGGGAUGCCCUCCAGAGGCAGCUCAACACCGCGCUGCCCCAGGAGUUCGCGGCGCUCACCAAGGAGGUGAACAUGUGCAGGGAGCAGCUGCUGGAGCGGGAGGAGGAGAUCUCCGAGCUGAAGGCCGAGCGGAACAACACGCGGCUGCUCCUGGAGCACCUGGAGUGCCUGGUCUCUCGACACGAGCGCUCGCUGCGCAUGACGGUGGUGAAGCGGCAGGCCCAGUCCCCCGCCGGCGUGUCCAGCGAGGUGGAAGUCCUCAAGGCCCUCAAGUCUCUAUUCGAGCACCACAAAGCCCUGGACGAGAAGGUAAGGGAGAGACUGCGGAUCGCCCUGGAACGGUGCAGCGCACUGGAAGAGCAGCUCACGUCUUCUCAGAAAGAGCUGGUUUAUCUGAGGGAGCAGAACAUCUCUAAGAAGCUGUUGGUUGAUGGAGCGGUAGAAAUCAACCAUGAUGGGGAGAAUACUCCGAGCACCAAUGGCAAGCGGUCCUCGGACGGGUCUCUGAGCCACGAGGAGGACGUGGCCAAAGCCCUGGAGCUGCAGGAGGUGAUUGACAGGCAGAGCCGGGACCUGUGUCAAAUGAAGGAGAGGCUGGCCACACUCUCGGGCCGGGUAGCCGAGCUGGAGGAGGACCUGGACACUGCCCGCAAAGACCUCAUAAAGUCCGAGGACAUGAACACCCGGUUGCAGAGGGACAUCCGUGAGUCCAUGGCCCAGAAGGAAGACAUGGAGGAGAGGAUCACCACGCUGGAGAAACGCUACCUCGCCGCACAGCGCGAAGCCACGUCCGUGCACGAUCUCAACGACAAGCUCGAGACCGAAAUCGCCAACAAGGAGUCCAUGUACAGGCAGACUGAAGAUAAGAACAGGCAGCUACAGGAGAGGCUGGAGCUGGCUGAGCAGAAGCUGCAGCAGACCAUGAGGAAGGCGGAGACCCUGCCCGAGGUGGAGGCCGAGCUGGCCCAGCGGGUGGCGGCGCUCACCAAGGCCGAGGAGAGGCACGGGAACGUGGAGGAGCACCUGAGGCAGCUGGAGGCCCACCUGGAGGAGAAGAACCAGGAGCUGCUGAGGGCGCGGCAGCGGGAGAAGAUGAACGAGGAGCACAACAAGCGGCUGUCGGAGACGGUGGACAAGCUGCUGUCCGAGUCCAACGAGAGGCUGCAGCUCCACCUGAAGGAGAGGAUGUCCGCUUUGGAGGAGAAGAAUUCCCUCAUCCGAGAACUGGAACACACGAAGAAGCUGAUUGAAGAAGCGCACCAUGAGAAGGAGCAGCUCCUCAUCGAGAUGGAGACGGUGCGGGCGGAGAGCGAGCACGGCAGGAACAGGAGCAACUCCCUGCUGCAGCACGGGCGCUCCCCCCUGGGCAGCACCCCGGACUUCCGGUACCCGGUCUCGGCCUCGUCCAUGAUGGAGAACCACACGGACAUCUACAACAGCGCCAUGGUGCUGCGGCGGCCGCAGAAGGGCCGCGUGGCCGCGCUCAGGGACGAGCCCUCCAAGGGACACCAGAAACAUGUACAGACGCUGAACGAGCAGGAGUGGGAGCGCGUGCAGCAGGCCAACGUGCUGGCCAACGUGGCCCACGCCUUCGAGAGCGACGUGGACAUCUCGGACAUUGAGGACGACCGCGAGACCAUCUUCAGCUCGGCGGACCUGCUCUCCCCCGCCGGCCAGGCCGACGCCCAGACGCUCGCCAUGAUGCUGCAGGAACAGCUGGACGCCAUCAACACCGAGAUCAGGAUGAUCCAGGAGGAGAAGGACAGCGCGGCGCAGCGGGCGGAGGAGCUGGAGAGCCGCGUGGGCGGCGGGGACUCCCUGGGGGGGCACUUCCGCUCGCUGGGCUCCCUCCCCCCGCCCUUCGCCGGCUCCUCCCUGGCCGGCUCCUCGCCCCCCGGCUCCGGAACCUCCACGCCCCGGCGGGCGAACCGCAGCCCCAGCCGCGAGGUGGACCGCAUGGGCGUCAUGACCCUGCCUAGUGACUUACGGAAACACCGCAGGAAGUCUGCGCAGGAUGACAAAGCUACAAUAAAGUGUGAGACGUCGCCUCCUUCAACCCCGCGCACCAUGAGACUCAACAAGGGAGCCGUUCACGCCGCCAGCCACGAAGACAUCCGGGAUAUCAGGAGCUCUGCCGGCUUUCAGGACGGCCAGGGCAGCAACCCCAGCAGCAGCAACAGCAGCCAGGACUCGCUCAACAAGGCCGCCAAGAAGAAGGGCAUCAAGUCCUCCAUCGGGCGCCUCUUCGGAAAGAAGGAGAAGGGCCGGCCCGGCCCCCCCGGCAAGGAGUCCCCCAGCCAAGCAGGUACCCCUGAAGCUGAGAACUCUGCCCAGGAUGCCUUAGGACUUGGCAAACUGGGAGGCCAGGGGGAGAAGAACAGGAAACUGCAGAAAAAUCCCAAAAGCGGGCACGAGCUCCUGGACGAGGCGCGGAGGCUGGGCCUGCCCUUCGCUCAGUGGGACGGGCCCACAGUGGUGGUAUGGCUGGAGCUGUGGGUGGGCAUGCCCGCCUGGUACGUGGCGGCCUGCCGGGCCAACGUGAAGAGCGGCGCCAUCAUGUCGGCGCUGUCCGACACGGAGAUCCAGCGGGAGAUCGGCAUCAGCAACCCGCUGCACCGGCUCAAGCUGCGCCUGGCCAUCCAGGAGAUCAUGUCCCUGACCAGCCCCUCGGCCCCGCCCACCUCCCGCACGUCCACGGGCAAUGUGUGGGUCACGCACGAAGAGAUGGAGAGCCUCGCGGCCACGCCUCAGACGGAGGAUGAGGAGGGUAGCUGGGCCCAGACGCUGGCGUACGGCGACAUGAACCACGAGUGGAUCGGCAACGAGUGGCUGCCCAGCCUGGGCCUCCCGCAGUACCGCAGCUACUUCAUGGAGUGCCUGGUGGACGCCCGCAUGCUCGACCACCUGACCAAGAAGGACCUGCGCGGCCAGCUCAAAAUGGUGGACAGCUUCCACAGAAAUAGUUUCCAGUGUGGUGUGAUGUGUCUACGGCGGCUAAACUACGACAGGAAAGAGCUGGAAAGACGGCGAGAACAAUCCCAAAUGGAAAUGCAAGAUGUGUUGGUGUGGAGCAACGAGCGGGUGAUAAACUGGGUGCAGUCCAUCGGACUGAAGGAGUACGCCAACCACCUGCUGGAGAGUGGGGUGCACGGAGCCCUGCUGGCCCUGGACGAGACCUUCGACCACAACGCCCUCGCCCUGCUGCUGCAGGUCCCCACUCAGAACAUUCAGGCACGGGCAACCCUGGAGAGGGAGUAUAACAGCCUCCUGGCCCUCGGCACCGAGAGAAGAAUGGAGGAGGAUGACGACAAGAACUUCAGGAGGGCUCCUUCCUGGCGGAAGAAGUUUCGACCCAAAGACAUGAGAGGGAUGACUCCAGGCUCCACGGAGACGCUUCCCGCCAACUUCAGGGUCACAAACACCAUGUCCUCACCAUCUAUGCAGCCAAAGAAGAUGCAGAUGGACGGAGGGGUGUCUGGUACGCAAAGGCUGGACUCCGCUACAGUCAGGACUUACUCCUGUUAGCCCUCCUCUCGUCUACCCCCACUACUUCUAUAGGUGAUUAUGCACCACACAUCCAGCUGAAGAUAUCAACAUUCACUGAAUCAGGAUGGAAUCUUGGCCAUUUGAGGACACUAAAUAUUUAAUUACAGAGAAUAAUAUCGCUGAUCUCCUCAGUACCGUAGAGAAGAUAUUUUAGAUUAUUGUAUGUUUAUUAUAUUUAUGAACGUAUGGGACAUUUCAUUUAUAUAGACUUAAUAUGUAUCGUUUGCCUGUUAUUUUUCCAUUCUGAAUCUUUGUUUCCUCCUCGCAACUUUUCCUGUGCCCUUAUCAAAUGCAAAACACUAUCAGAUGUAAAUGAAUGUAUUACACAUCUGAAGUUUGUAUAUUUAUCUACGAGCAUUAAUCUUUUUUAUACUGCAGAUCUUGUAUUGACCACAGAUGUCUGUUUUUAAUAAUGGAAUUUAAUCUAAAGUGACUGCUUUAACACAAACUUUAAAAUCUUUUAGAUUUAUACUUCAUUAUAUAGCUUUUGAUUUUUAGAGUUCGGCUUGAAGGUCAAUAGUAAUUUCUGUAUUCCAGCAUACCGGCACAUUUCUUUAAGUGACAUUGUUUAACAUCGCACUUGAGUGUGCUGGAGACAUUGAGGGUCACGGUCGUGAUAGAAAUGGAGCAUACUCACGGGUUACCGUUUCCCCCAAUGUUCAACACAAACCUCUACAUAUCUUUAAAAAAAAAUUGUGAUACCAAAAGGAAACUUUCAGGAAGCCAUAAGCACUACGAAGGCGGAGACUUGUUUCGGGUGAAUUGAUUGGCUGCCAGGUACUCUGACAAUAAACGCUCUGGCGACCGUAGGAGCCAGAGCACUGCAUUUCUCCCCCUUCCUUUGUUGGAAAUGCUUGCGGCUAGCUGCUAACGCCGUGGCUUUGUUAAAGGACCAAUUCCACUGUGGCCUCAUUUCCUAUGGUGAGUCUGAAGACAGCAGCACAAUUCCUUCAAGAACCUUUGAACACAUUGUAUUACGUCUUUUAAUUAAGCCUUAUUUUUAUUGUUUGUUUUAUUUAUUCUGUGUUGUCUGUCAGUAUUUGUAUAGCAGUUGCCAUUUAUUCAUAUCCAUAUUGUGAUUUCUGGUGCAUUUCUGAAUAUGUUGCUCCAUUGAUAUCAAACACAGGUUUCUCAGUAUUUAUAUGGGUUUAUAAUGUUGAGAAACCUAAGACUCAUGUAAGCUUGGAAGUGGUUUUCUUGCGCGUACAAUAGCCCUUAAUUUCUUUGUGAUUUAGAUAUUUUCGUUGUGGAAAUCAGGAUCAUAUCGCUGUCUUUUUGUAACUGUCUUUAGUUUAUCAUUUUAAAUUUCAUGAACUUGUAACAGAAAUUAUGUACAUUUGAACUGUUUAUCACAGUAUUAUUUAUUGCUGACUUUCAAUAAAAUACUGAACUUGUUUUCCACUGCCAAUAAAAA